AUGCUGCUGCAGCCCGCGCCGUGCGCCCCGAGCGCGGGCUUCCCGCGGCCCCCGGCCGCCCCCGGCGCCAUGCACGGCUCGCAGAAGGACACCACGUUCACCAAGAUCUUCGUGGGCGGCCUGCCCUACCACACCACCGACGCCUCGCUCAGGAAGUACUUCGAGGGCUUCGGAGACAUCGAGGAGGCCGUGGUCAUCACCGACCGCCAGACGGGCAAGUCUCGCGGCUACGGCUUCGUGACUAUGGCCGACCGGGCGGCAGCUGAGAGGGCUUGCAAAGACCCCAACCCCAACAUCGACGGCCGCAAAGCCAACGUGAACCUGGCCUAUCUGGGCGCCAAGCCGAGGAGCCUCCAUUCUGGCUUUGCCAUCGGCGUACAGCAGCUGCACCCCACCUUCAUCCAGCGAACGUACGGGCUGACCCCCCACUACAUCUACCCGCAAGCCAUCGUCCAGCCCAGCGUGGUCAUCCCGGCUGCCCCUGUCCCGUCACUGUCCUCACCCUUCAUUGAGUACACGCCGGCCAGCCCGGCCUACACCCAGUACCCGCCGGCCACCUACGACCAGUACCCGUAUGCCGCCUCGCCCGCCUCGGUCACCAGCUUCGUGGGCUACGGCUACCCAGCGGCAGUGCCCCCGGGCCUCUCGGCCGCAGCCCCCGCGGGCACCACCUUUGUGCAGUACCAGGCUCCGCAGCUGCAGCCCGACAGGAUGCAAUGAGGCCGCUGCCCGGGGCUCGACCCGUCACCCACACACCCACCAGGCAAGUGGCCGGCCGAGCUCGGGGUGCACACUGGCAUCCGUGCCUUGGGGGACCCCACAGAACCCCUGCCUGCACCCCGGAUGGCCCGGAGACCACUUCCCUUUAAACCCAGGACCCCCCAUAUCUCAAGGGAGGACUUUGAGAAAAGAAGGAUGAUGCUCUAGACGAAUAACCGGACCUCCCAGCACACCGCCUGCCUUCUCCCUCCACCCGCCCUGCCCCAGCUCCGGCCAGGCCCCCCGCAGAGCCAGCGGCCCUUUGGCUCUAGAAACUCCUGCUCAGAGAUGCCUUACCCAGGGAAACCCACGGAGCGACCAGAUGGACUGCCCGCGGCGCCGUCCGCACAAGCUGUGAACGCGGCCGGGUGCGGGGCGCCCUCGGGAGUCCCCCUCCUGGCCAGGGCGCGGGGGCCUUCUGUGAGGCCCCGAGGUCCCGGUGCAGCAGGGCCACCAGCCGCUGCCGCGCCCUCGCCCUCCGAGCGCUGCAGCCUUUUUUCUUACUGUCGUCGUUUUGCUACUAAGAUGACCGAGAACUUCAGUUUAUUUUUUCAGUGGGGGCUCCUGCCACCAGAAUCCAGGCCUGUUUUCGACGUUGAGGCUCUCACUGUUGUCCGUGGCUCUGCCCAAGGAGACAGGACAGUGUUUCUGUUUGAAAAGUGUCGCUCGAGCGCUGGGAGCCCCUCGGAAGGUGGGUGUCUCCAGACAGUGGGUCUCUCUCAGCGGCAGUAAGUUGUCUCAGAAGCUUGUCCCCGCCCGUCACCACCGAGAGGGCAGAGGGAGGGGGCCCUAGGUGAUGCUGGCGGUGGGGCCGGGCCACAGCGUCCCCACCCUCUCGGUGUCCCCUGCUGCGCACCAGCCUGGGCCGAGGCCGCCUGACCUGUCCCGCCUGCCUGGGGGCCCCGUGGAGGGGGUCCCAGCACAGAGACGGGCUCCUGGAGAGGCCCCGCUCUGCUUCGGGGGAGCGGGAGGGUGAGGUGGGGCAGCCUGGCUGAGGGACUUGGAGAGUGGGCAGAAGGUUGGGGGGCGCUGGGGGUGUUCCUUCAGACCUACCUCAGGGAAGCGGGAGGCCUUGGGGCGGACUGACGCAGGCACACGCUUGGCGACACGCCUGACGUCGCGGCACGGCCCAGGAGAUACAGGUAGCUAAUGUUAUAAUAAUAUUUUUAUUAGAAUGUUCUGAUGAUAAAAAUAAAACUUGU